CUUCGAUACCACCAAGACCAAGACUUGCUGUCCGUAGAUGGUCUUGGUCGACGGUAACUAUCGGUCGUGUUUGCAACAUUUGGAUGUACUUUCGAUUUUAAAUCGCGAGAAGAUAAGUGUGUCGGACAGGUUCCGGAAUUUAAACUGUCCAAGACUUUUUCUUUAGUGCGUGCUACGAUUUUUUCCCUGCUCAAUAAUUAUGGAACUUGUAAGGUGUGAAGUAUUGUGGCUCAUAUGGUUUCUUCCUUUGCUCACCGCUGUUCAAUCAGAUGGGCGACAAACCGAAAAAAGCAUCUUUUCUUACACCAACAAAUUACCAGAUGAUAUAAAGCAGAUUGUGAGAAAUGCUUUUAUCCGGGAAGGAGAUCCCGUAGCUUCAAAAAGUCCACCCAUAAAUUGCAGUUUAGGAGAUGAGAUUGCUUGUCCGCCUAGUAAAUAUAGAAUGGCAACUGGGGAAUGCAAUAAUGUAAGACACUCCCGAUGGGGCAAUAGGGGAACGCCGUUCUUGAGAUUGCUACCACCAACCUAUGCUGAUGGAAAAAUGAUACCCAAAGUGUCCGUUUCAACACAAGAGCUGCCCAAUGCUCUAGAUGUAUCCUCUAUUCUUCAGCAAGUUCCAAGCCGAAAACAUGAGUCCGUAACUGCUCUGCUGGGUGCCUGGAGUGAGCUUCUCUAUCACGAUUUGGUUAGCACAGCAAACUUCAAGAAUCAUCAGUGUUGCAAAGGAGAUGCGAUUACGCAUGGAGAAUGCUAUCGGCUACAGAAGGAUAAUCGGUGUUGGGAGUAUAUGAGGAGUUUACCUGCUGUUGAAUUGGACUCGUGUGAAUAUCAAUACAGAAAUCAAAUCAACUUGGCUUCGUCGUUCCUUGAAGGGUCUGCCAUAUAUGGAGUCACCCGCGAUAGUGUGGAAAAAUUAAGAACAUACGAUGCAGGAUUGGUUAAUAUAUCAGCGUGCAGCACUUGUCAGCUAAACGUACUGCAUUCGGCGAUUUUGAGGGAGCACAACAGAGUAGCUGUUGCGUUGGCCGCUUUAAAUCGCCACUGGACUGACGAGGUUCUGUUUUAUGAGAGCAAAAGAAUUGUCAGCGCUGAGAUACAGCAUAUCACCUAUAACGAAUUUUUGCCCAUUUUGCUAGGCCAGAAAUUACAAUCCCACGCACGCUAUGCCAAAUACUCCAGUGCCCGGAAAGCAGGAAUUUAUAAUGAAAUCGCAAUGGGCGCUUUACCAGCUUUAUUAUCAAUGCUUCCAAGCCAGCUGUUUAAUCAGACUACAGAAUCAUUUGCUGAAAUGGUAGAUAAUCUAAUCAGCUUGCCAGCACAGGCGCCUAGUAUGCAUAUAAAGGUUCCAAUGCGAGCCGAAUGGAAUACUGCAGCUUUAUUUCUUCAUAUGAGCAGAGAUCAUGGCAUACCUAGCUACCCACAAUUGCUUCAAUAUUGCUCUAAUUCCACUUUUGCGAAGAAGCUAACUUUCGAAGAGAUGAAGUCCAACAUUGAAACGCAACACAUUAAGCUCCUCAAGUAUCUCUAUGCUGCCCCAGAAGACGUUGAUUUACUUGUUGGGUUAUUGCUAGAGGCACCAAUCCCAGGGGCAGUAGUGGGGCCUACGUUGAAUUGUCUUUUAAAGGAACAAUUCAUUUUAUUAAAGCAAUCAGAUCGAUUUUGGUAUGAAAAUGACUUACCGCCGAGUUCAUUCAGUAGUGAUCAAAUUAGAGAAAUCAAAAAGAUCACUUUGGCAGCUCUAUUGUGUGCGAAUACUGAUGAUUUGGACCAUAUUCAACCAAAGUCGUUUGUUCAAGAGGAUCCUUUCCUAAACGCGCGAAUUAGUUGUGAUCAGCAUCCCCUGCCAAACUUGCAUGAAUGGAUUGAGAUGGACCACAUGGCCGACGUCAGUGAAGACCUAUUGAUGGAAGCAGUAGCGAAAGCAGAACAAGAGCUCUUGGCAAGAAAGAAGCUGGAGUAUAAAUCGUAUACUGAAAUUGGAGGAGUUGACCCCAAAUCACCUGCCGGGAUUGCCGCCUCAUUUAGUAAAGCUAAUAAAAAUGCUUUAAAACUGGCAAACACUUCCCUUUUAUUCGAGUUUGCAUCGAACGAAAUUGUCAAUUCCUUAACACACUUAAGACGACGGCGCCAAAUAUUCGACAGUGAAUCUUUUGUCUCAACACUCAGAGACGAUAUCAGUGAAGGACUACAGAACGUAGACAUAUCUUCACUUAUUCCUGGACAUAUAUUUCCUGAGCCAGAUUUGCAGUGUGAUGAAUUUGGGCCUUGCGAUGGCUCAUAUCCUUAUAGGAGCUAUUCAGGAUACUGCAAUAAUCUGAAAAAUCCUAAACAUGGCCAAAGCUUGGGAACAUUCAAUAGGCUGCUGCCCAGCGCGUAUGAUGAUGGGAUAUCCAAGCCUCGCCAAAUUGGAGCAACAGGCGUUCAUUUGCCUAACCCAAGAAUGAUAUCCCGAUCAAUCCACCCGGAUAUUAGUAAUCUGCAUAAGCGUUAUACUCUCAUGGUUAUGCAAUUUGCUCAAUUCUUGGACCACGACCUAACGUUCACGCCAAUCCAUAAAGGAUUUGAUGAGUCCAUCCCAUCCUGCCGUCCAUGUGAUAGUGCAAGGACUGUCCAUCCCGAAUGUGACCCUAUUUUGAUUCCACCCGGUGACAAUCACUAUCCAGAAUUCAAUAUUACCACAGGAAAGCAAAUUUGCUUUCCCUUUAUGAGAUCUUUGCCUGGCCAGCAACAUUUAGGACCACGAGAACAAAUCAAUCAAAAUUCAGCGUUUCUGGAUGGAUCUAUGAUUUAUGGGUCUUCGCAUUGCACUCUUCAUACACUAAAAGGUCCUGAUGGUAAGAUGAAUGUUACAGUUCAUCCAAACCAGGGCAAAGACUUACUUCCGAGAACAGACAAACACUCUGAGUGCAGAUCGAGUUCAGGAUUGUGUUUCAUAGCCGGUGACGGUCGCGCUUCAGAGCAACCGGGUCUACUUAUGAUUCACACCAUGUAUAUGAGAGAGCAUAAUAGAGUAAUGGAAGGUCUUCAAGUAGUUAAUCCCCACUGGGAUCACGACAAGAUUUUCGAACAAGCCAGAAAAAUUAUAGUUGCAGGAUUACAACAUGUUACUUAUAACGAGUUUCUUCCCAGAUUACUCGGUUGGAAUGCAGUCAAUUUAUAUGGGUUGAAACUUCUCUCCCAAGGAUAUUAUAAGGACUAUAAUCCAUCAUGUAAUCCGUCGAUAUUUACGGAAUUCGCAGCGGCAGCUUUUCGAAUUGGACAUUCGCUCUUGAGACCGCAUAUUCCCAGGUUGGAUGAGAACUAUCAAAUUGUCGACCCGCCAUUACUCUUGAGGGAUUUUUUCUUCAAUACGGACUAUAUGAUGAAAGACGGAUUAAUAGACCAAAUGGCAAGAGGUCUAGUUUCAACUCCCAUGGAAACUUUGGACCAAUUUAUCACUGGUGAAGUAACAAAUCAUCUGUUUGAAGAUAAGAAAAUACCAUUUUCCGGAAUAGAUUUAGUUGCUCUCAAUAUAAAAAGAGCUAGAGACCAUGGAAUACCGUCAUAUAACAAUUAUAGAGCACUAUGUAACUUAAAGAGAGCAACAAAAUUUGAGGACCUAGCGAGGGAAAUUCCCAUGGAAGUGAUCCAGCGAUUGAAGAAUCUAUAUGCAAGCGUAGAUGAUAUUGAUCUAUUUCCAGGAGGUAUGGCAGAAAGACCUUUGCAAGGUGGAAUUGUUGGUCCAACUUUCGGUUGCAUUAUAGCUAUUCAAUUUAGACAGCUAAGGAAAUGUGAUCGAUUUUGGUAUGAAAACAAGGAUCCAGUCGUUCGAUUUACUGAAGCUCAACUGGCUGAAAUUCGCAAAAUCACUUUAGCAAAAACCCUCUGUGAUAAUACUGAUGCGUACAGUGAUAUUCAACGGUCUGCCUUCGACUUGCCGUCCAACUUUUUAAAUCCAAGGAUUUCUUGUAACUCAAUGCCAUCAAUCGACUUUAAUGCAUGGAAGGAGUCCGCUCAAGGACAAGGUGGAUGUAUUAUAAGAGGCAGACACGUACAGAUUGGAGAAAGCACUUUUCCCAGCCCUUGUACGAGUUGUAUUUGUACAGCCGAAGGGGGUAACUGUGCUUCACUGAAAGUAACAGAUUGCAAUCAGUUGCUUAGAGAAUGGUCAAAAGAAAUUGUAAUUAGAGACGAGGUUUGCGCAGCUCAAUGUGGAGUUUUACUAAAAGCUGGAAGAAAACAGCAGAUUCCCGUUGGAUUGGUGCCGCCAGCUUUGCGCAAUACUCGAUCUAGGACAGUAAAUAAAGCGUCACGAUUUCCAGCCUCAAGUUCAUUUGAUUUUUCCGGAUUUAAAUUACCUGACCUCACUCCAUUCAUCUCUAAGUAAUUUAAGGUAUUUAAGCUGUGUUUGUGUAGGCGCUGUUGUAGGUAAAGAGGGAUUAGAUAGUCUCUCUAUUGCGUUAAAAGCAUUUUAUUGCAACUGGUAGUGAGUAAAUAUCAUAUGUAAAAGUUACCACUAGGACAAUAGUAGUAGUAACUAAUUAUGCUGUUCUCUCUUACCCUUUCCGUUUUUUCCAAACCGUAACCUUUAUAAUAUCAAAUAACAAAUUUAGAUUUUUGGUAACUUGACCAAACAGACCUGAAAAUGAAACUACUGAACCAAAUAUAUCUAGAAUGUGAUAUCACAUGGCUCUAUUCUCCCCACGGAGAUCGCCGCAUUUAAAUUCGUAAAGCGUCAACGAUAAAAUAAACAGCAAUUCAUGGGGUUCCAGAUUUUAGAUUUGUCGGAAUGAAUAAGUUAUUUUUAAUUCAUAAGAUGUUUAUUUUUAUGUUAGACCCAUAUUUGUUUCCUAAAAGCUUGUAAGAAACAUUGGAAAUAGUUCAGAGUAGGUUGUUCAAAUAGUAUUAUUAAAUAAAAUGAAGAGGCACAACUACAAAAUUUUAGCACAUUAAAAAUAAUGGCUUACUAGAUUAUCAUGAAAUAUGAAAAAUCGAGUUGUAAGCUCAAAAAACAGCUGUAUCUAUUAUUGAUUUCCCUGGAAUCUCUAAAAUUUCCAAAUAUUAAAUAUCUGUAUUAGUAUUACAAAUCCAUGACAAGUAAUUUCCUAAGCUACCCGUAUUUAAUAUUCCACAAUUACGUAUUUGGCAUAUAGAUAUAUUUUGGUAUAUCGUGUCUUCAGUUCAAAGACUGCAGAAAUGUUUGAAGCAUAAUUCUAUUUUAAGUGUUGACUAAUGUUAAGCUACUUAUUAAUUAGUUUGGUACAAUUUCUGUGUCAUAUCUGAUGUCAAGUUGUUGUCUAAUGAAUAUAUUUUAUAACGUUAUGGGAGCUCUAAAGUCUGA